AUGAAGGAUAAACACAUUAAGAAGCACCCAGUUUCAGAUAAAUCUUCAUCGGAGAGCAAUGCAGUCCGCACCAAACCACACUGUUUAGGGUCCAGAACAGACAGUGGACCAAAGAAAAGAGCUGAACAUGAGAACCGAAGGAAACGAACCAGGGUUUCUGAGGUAGUGGGACCCUCAACAAGAAGCCAGACAAAGAAAAGGAGGAUGGAAAGUGCAGAGCUAGGAAUAACAAGAGAGGAUCCGGCGCUGCCAGCCAGGAAAAAGAGAAAGACCAACCACCUUGAUGAGAAACCAAUUAAAGAUUCACCUUCCUUCUCAUUCGAGUCCAGAACAGACAGUGGAUCUAAGGAAAGAUCUGAAAAUGAGAACCGAAGGAAACAGACCAGGGUUUCUCAGGUAGUGGGACCCUCAACAAGCAGCCAGACAAAUAAAAUGAGGAUGGAAAGUGCAGAGCUACAAAUAACGAGAGAGGAUCCGGCACUGCCAGCCAGGAAAAAGAGAAAGAUAAAACAUCUUGAUGAGAUACCAAUUACAGAUCCUCCUUCCUUCUCAUUGGAGUCCAGAACAGACAGUGGACCAAAGGAAAAAUCAGAAAAUGAGAACCCAAGCAAACAAAUCAGGGUUUCUGAGGUAGCAGGACCCUCAACAAGAAGCGAGACAAAGAAAAGGAGGAUGGAAAGUGCAGAGCUACGAAUGACGAGGGAGGAUCCUGCACUGCCAGCCAGGAAAAAGAGAAAGAUCAAACACCUUGAUGAGAAACCAAUCACAGAUUCUCUUUCCUUCUCAUUGGAGUCCAGAACAGACAGUGGACCAAAGGAAAAAUCUGAAAAUGAGAACCCAAGCAAACAAACCAGGGUUUCUGAGGUAGCGGGACCCUCAACAAGAAGCCAGACAAAGAAAAGGAGGAUGGAAAGUGCAGAGCUACGAAUGACGAGGGAGGAUCCGGCGCUGCCAGCCAGGAAAAAGAGAAAGACCAACGACCUUGAUGAGAAACCAAUUAAAGAUUCUCCUUCCUCCUCCUUGGAGUCCAGAACAGACAGUGGACCAAAGGAAAGACCUGAACAUGAGGUCCCAAGGAAACGAACCAGGACUUAUUUGAUACCGGCACUCUCAACAAGAAGCCAAACAAUGAAACGGAGGAUGGAAAGUGCACAGUUACGAAUGACGAGAGAGGAUCCGGCACUGCCAGCAGGGAAAAAGAGACAGACCAAACACCUUGAUGAGAAACUAAUUACAUAUUUAGUUUCCUUAUCAUUGGAGUUCAGAACAGACAGUGGAUCAAAGAAAAGAUCUGAAAAUGAGAACCCAAGCAAACGAACCAGGGUUUCUGAGGUAGUGGGACCCUCAACAAAAAGCAAGACAAAGAAACGGAGGAUUGAAAGUGCAAAGCUACGAAUAGCAAGAGAGGAUCCAGCGCUGCCUGCCAAGAUAAAAAGAAAGGUCAAACACCUUGAGGAGAAACCAAUUACGUAUUCAUCUACCUCCUCAUUGGAGUACAGCACAGACAGCAACAGCAGUGUGGGAAUACAGACUACACAGUCCAGUAUGGAGAGUGAACCAAAGGAAAUAUCUGAAUAUGAGAACCAAAGAAAAACGACAGCCUCUGAGGUGAACGGACCCUCCACAAGCUUCAAGUCAAAGAAAAGGAGGAUGGAGAAUGUAGAGGAUAGCACAGCAGCGAAGGAUUUUGGGGCGAAAUCUCUGAAAAGGAAAGCUGAGACAGAAAAUGAAAACGAAAAAGCCAAAUUUCAGGAAAAAUAUGUGGAGCUGGAUAAACUGGGAGAGGGUGGCUUUGGAUCUGUCUUUGCAGGCUAUCGUAGAGAGGAUAACUCACCUGUGGCCAUCAAGCACAUCCCAAAAGAAAAUGUAAUAUUCAAACAUACAGAUGAGAAUGGCAAAGAGCUACCAAUGGAGGUAGCCAUCAUGCUUAAACUGAUGAAUGUAACAGACGAGCCGUCAUUCGUGGUGUCGCUGUUUGACUGGUAUGACCUGGGCCAUGAGGUGAUUUUGGUGAUGGAGAGACCUUUGCCUUGCGAUGACCUCAAAAGUUACCUCAAUAACCGCAGACGUCCCCUUAAGGAAAAAGAGGCCAAGGUAAUAUUAAAACAGCUGGUGAAAGCAGCCAUCUACUUAAAAAACAAAAACAUAUUCCACAAAGACAUUAAAUCGGAUAAUAUCCUUAUUAAGACAGACUCAGAAGAGCCGCAAAUCUAUCUCAUAGACUUUGGGGUAAGCUGCUUUGAUGAGGGAAAACCACAUGAAGUUUUUUGUGGUGCUGUUAUUGAAGCCCCAGUUGACUGGUUCGUUCUAGGUUGCUGUGAAGCUGAACCCGUAACAGUGUGGCAGAUAGGAGUUGUCCUGUUUGAGUUACUCCACAACAAGUAUUUUAGUACCAAAGAACAAAUGUUAGAAUGGCUAAAGAUCAGCAAAAAGCUUUCAAAGAAAGGCAAAGAUUUUUUGACAAAGUGUCUCAUGAUUAAGCCUGCGGAGCGACCCACAUUGGAAGAGCUGUUGGUUCACCCUUGGCUUUCAUAA